AUCAGUAAAAAUUCGUCAAAUAUUUUAUUAAUUAUGUGGUGUUUAAUGUGACUUAGUGGUUUUAAAAUAGCAUAAAUACAUUAAUAAUCAUAUAGACAAUAUUUACCUGAUAAUAGAUUUUACAAGUCGCACAAGAUGACGAUCGGUAAAAACAAUAAGAUGCUCCAGCAUCUUAACUACCGCGUAAGAAUAAUCCUGCAAGACUCUAGAACGUUUAUAGGCACGUUCAAAGCCUUUGACAAACACAUGAAUCUAAUUUUGGGAGAUUGUGAAGAAUUCAGAAAAAUUAGACCGAAAACUAAUAAACAAGUGGAAAAAGAGGAGAAAAGAACACUGGGCUUCGUUUUGUUACGAGGUGAAAACAUAGUUUCAUUGACAAUUGAAGGACCACCACCUCCAGAGGAAGGUUUACCGAGGGUACCAAUUCCUGGGGGUGCUCCUGGACCUGGAAUGGGACGUGCUGCAGGGAGAGGAAUGCCUGCAAAUAUUAGCGGGGUACCAGCAGGGCUUCAAGGUCCAGUUCGAGGCAUUGGCGGUCCUUCCCAGCAACAUAUGACCCCAGCAGGCAGAAGUCAAGUAUCUGCUCCACCUCAAUUGCGUGCGAUGCCCCCAGGCGGUCCAAUGAUGGGAGGACCUCCUCCAGGAAUGAUGGGUAUGCCCCCGAAUAUGAUGAUGGGCAGAGGAGGACCUCCGCCAAUGGGUGUUAUGAGAGGGCCACCACCGGGCAUGAUGCGUGGACCACCACCAAGAGGAGGUGGAUUUUAAAUAUUAAUUUGCUGC